AUGGCAGCGACGCUCCUGUCCCGGAUGAGGAGGAUGGGGCUGGUGGAGGAAGAGGGCGAGGGCGAGGGCGAGGACGGGAACAAGAACGAGGAUGAUGAUCCUCUGUCUUCCCCACAAGCCGGAGAUGAUGAGACAGUUUGGGAUGCUGUUUGGAGAGUCCCCGGGUUGCGGAAGCGGAUAGGGGGGAAGAAACUGAAGCAAGUGGUGGAAGAAGUUUGGAGGAGGCUAAAGGACAACGAAUCGCAAUCUGAAGAGACUUUGGAUGCUAACGACACGGAAUUGAUGACCCGUGGGGUUGCUACCUAUCAGGGUAUAACAGAAGUGAUGGUGAAGAGGAUAGAGCUAUUGGUGCGGGUAAUGCGGUUCCUGCCGUCUGUGCACAUGCUAUUUCCCCUCUCCUGUGUUUGUAGGAGCUGGUAUGUGGCGUUUCUACGUGCAAGGAGCCUAGUGGGCGCCAUGGACCUGACUUCGGCUCCCAAGAUUGAAGACCUCGAGUUCCUGUGGCACAUCAAGAAGUACGGAAAGGCGGUGAGGAGGGUGGACAUCUCAGGCUGUAAGUACCUGUCGGACAUUCCUCUGCUGGACCUCUGCGAGAAGAGUCGGGGGCUGGAGGAGCUGAGGGUCAGGGACUGCAGGAGACUCACCGAUGUCGGAGUCUCCUCCAUCCUCCGCAAGCACCGAGGCACACUGAGGGUGCUUGACGUGACUCGCUGCUACCUCGACGAGGGCGCGUUCUGGCACCUCUUCUCGGAGGAGGGAGGAGGGAAGGUGGAGGUCCUUCAGUGCGCAUACUGCCCCUUGGGAGACCUGUUCGCGGGGUUCCUCGCGCAGAUGCAGCGGCGGAUCAAGUGCCUGAACCUGUGCGGCUGCAGGUAA